AUGAGCAUUUACUUCAUGUCCACAUGGCAGUAUCUUACCGAGGUGGAUAGCGCAGCUAGCAUGGACUUCUUUGGGUGGGUGGUCGCAGCUGGCAGCUUAGGCUGUGCAAUUGCAAAUCCACUAUUUGGGCACUGGAGCCAACUUACUGGUUCUACAAAAACCCCAGUGUGUUUUGGAUUUAUCGUUAGCGCUGUUGGGAAUCUUAUCUAUGCGCUUCUUCCUGCUCUACCGUUAUACGCAAAGUGGGCAAUGUUGAUUUCCCGGUUCGCUACAGGCUUCGGUGCAGGAACUCUUGGAGUUCUUCGAAGUUUUGUCGCUACAGCAAGUACGCGAAAAAGUCGUAUCCGAGCAGUUUCUCUGGGUACUGCUGGUUUCACAUCUGGGCUAUCAGUUGGUCCAGCUUUUCAGAUUUGCUUCAUCCCAUUGGGCAACGAAGGAUUCAAUAUUGGCCCUCUCGUCUUCAACAUGUAUACAGCAGCUGCCUAUUUUAUGUGUAUCGUCAGCAUUCUGUCUGUUUUUGUUGUGCAAACAUUCUUCGUAGAGGAUUAUGUUGGAAUUAUCAGCGAUGAAGAAAAGAAAGAAGAUCCUUUCCUCGUGAUUCCGAAAUAUGAUCGAAUUGCUGUGACCUUACUAUUUUAUAUGUGGUGGAUGCUAUGUGGUGUUGCAAGUACAGAAGGGGAUCGCCGUCUUGUACUAGCUCUUGGUCUGUCAGGGUUCUUCUUUUGCCAUCUUUGUCAUUAUCCUAUGCCAUUCUACGAAGGUCCUCUCACACGACCACAAAUCGUUUUCAUGCUUCCCUUACAAAUAGAGUCGAAUAAUUUUACUGGAGAAACUUUAAGCGUGUACCUUGCCCUUUUCUCAGUAGAUGAUACUUCGCCUUUGGGAACAUAA